UUGCCCCCCCUAGGCUAUAGCUAGCUAUAGCUCGGCGCCUCGCUCGCUCGAUCGUGGAUGUGGCGCACACCCAAGAUGCUUGGGACAGACUUUUACGUAUUCCUGCUGGCGAUGAUAUUAGCUAUUGGGCUGCUGUUCCUCAUGGUGUGGCAUCUGAUUAUGCUGGACGAACUGAAGAAUGAUUACAGAAAUCCUGUAGACUUCUGUCAGAACCUGAACAGGCUGGUUCUUCCAGAGUAUGGGGUCCAUCUGGGAGUGACACUCAUGUUGCUGGUGUGUGGAUUUUGGUUCACUUUUCUCUUCAAUGUCCCACUGGUGGCUUAUCACGUGUGGAGGUACACUCAGAGACCAGCCAUGACUGGGCCAGGACUGUACGACCCCACUGAGGUCAUGAACAGGUCCCAGCUGAACCUGCACACUCGGGAGGGUUUCAUGAAGGUCGGCUUCUACGUUGUCUCUUUCUUGGUGUACCUCUACAAUAUGAUGGUGGCACUGGUGAUGGCACUGACUUAAUAUUGAUAGUGGUGUUUGUUCUGUUUGGCGAACAUUCUGACGAUUAUUUUAGUAUAUACAGCAAAUUGCCCGUAACACCUGUAGAACCUAGUAAAAUCACGUUUGGGCCAGAUCACCUAAAGAAGUGAAGCUUCGUCCUCAGCCAGUCU